AGCUGUGUCCAAUCACAGCUGAUCACUGAUCAUCAGGGCACUGAUGAUCAGUGUGCCCUGAUGAUCUGUGUAGCUCCCAGCAGUGCCACCUGUCAGUGUCCAUCAGUGCCAGCUGUCAGUGAUCAUCCAUGCCACCUGCCAGUGCCCAUCAAUGCCACAUCAGUGCCUACCAGUGCACAUCAAUGCCACAUAUCAGUGCCCAUCUGAGCUGCCUUUCAGUGCCACCUAUCAGUG